AACUACUGUCCUACUAUUCUCUCGCCUAUCUGAUUUGAAACCUUCUGCGCAAAUUAAAGAAACACCAAUUCCUUUUUACCCCCGGCGUCCCGAUGCCUAGUAGAUCAGCUCCCGGUGCUCGAACCGGCGUUAGAGUCGUCGUUGCCGGCGAUCGUGGCACCGGUAAAUCCAGCCUCAUCUCAGCAGCAGCUUCCGACUCUUUUCCAGACUAUGUUCAGGCUGUUCUUCCCCCAACUCGCCUCCCAUCUGACUUCUAUCCCGAUGGCGUUCCCGUUACAAUUGUUGAUACCUCCUCUAGCAUGGAGAGCAGAGUAAAGCUUAUUGAUGAGUUGAAGCGAGCUGAUGCUGUGGUUUUAACGUAUGCUUGUGAUCAACCUAUGACACUCAGUCGUCUGACUACUUUCUGGCUGCCCGAGCUUCGUAAAUUAGAGAUAAAGGCACCAGUGAUUGUGGUUGGUUGCAAACUUGAUUUACGAGAUGAACGUCAGCCCAUGAACUUGGAACAAGUCAUGGCACCAAUCAUGCAACAGUUCAGGGUGAUCGAAACCUGUAUAGAAUGUUCCUCUGCUACUCUAAUUCAGGUCCCUGAUGUAUUCUAUUAUGCUCAAAAGGCAGUUCUGCAUCCAACAGCUCCACUCUUUGAUCAAGAGAAACAAAAUUUGAAGCCACGAUGUAUCAGGGCAUUGAAACGGAUAUUUAUGCUUUGUGAUCAUGAUAUGGACGGAGCCCUUAGUGAUGCAGAGUUGAAUGAGUUUCAGGUUAAAUGCUUUAAUGUUCCAUUACAACCUGCAGAGAUUGUGGGUGUAAAGAGGGUGGUUCAAGAGAGGAUAAGAGGAGGAGUCAGUGACCUUGGUCUUACACUUGAAGGGUUCCUAUUUCUUCAUGCUCUUUUUAUAGAAAAGGGGCGCCUUGAGACAACUUGGGCUGUUUUGAGAAAGUUUGGAUAUAAUGAUGAAUUAAAGCUUAGGGAUGAUACACUUCCUGUUCCAACCAAGCAUGCCCCUGACCAGAAUGUGGAGCUGACAAAUGAAGCUAUAGACUUUUUGCGUGGGAUCUUCCGAUUGUAUGACAGUGACAAUGAUGGAUCCUUGCAACCUUCCGAGUUUGAUGACAUCUUUGUAACUGCUCCAGAAAGCCCAUGGACUGCAGAGCCUUACAUAGAUGCUGCAGAGAGAACAGCCCAAGGAAAUUUAACUCUUAAUGGGUUUUUAUCCGAGUGGGCCUUGAUGACAAGUCUGGAGCCAGCGUUGAGUUUGGCAAAUUUGAUUUGCAUUGGAUAUGGUGGAGAUCCAACUUCAGCCCUUCGUAUCACUAGGCGAAGAUCUGUAGAUCGUAAGAAGAAACAGACACAAAAAAAUGUUUUUCACUGCUUUGUUUUUGGUCCUAAAAAAUCUGGGAAGUCCACUCUGUUGAAUUCAAUUAUAGGAAGGUCUUUCUCUAGUAACUACACUCCAACAAAUGAUGUACGUUAUGUAGCAAAUGUUGUUGAACAGAUUGGGGGCUCUCAGAAGACCCUUAUUUUACAAGAGAUACCAGAAGAUGGUGUUAAGCAAUUGCUGUCGAAUAAGGAAUGUUUGGCUGCCUGUGAUGUAGCUGUGUUUCUGUAUGACAGUUCAGAUGAAUAUUCGUGGAAAAGAUCAAGAGAAUUGCUUCUGGAUGUUGCUAGGCGAGGAGAGGAUAGUGGUUAUGGAGUGCCUUGCCUCCUCGUUGCAGCAAAGGAUGACUUGGAUCCAUUUCCAAUGUCACUGCAAAACUCAACAAGAGUUACUCAGCAGUUGGGGAUGGAAGCUCCGAUUCCUGUAGGUGUGAAAUUAAGAGAUUCCAAAAGUGUGUUGUCUAGAAUCCUAAGUGCAGCAGAACACCCUCAUCUGAGCAUUCCUGAAACUGAGAAAGGGAAGAAAAGGAAACGAUAUCGCCGUCUUGUUAAUAGCUCACUUAUGUUUGUUUCAGUGGGGGCUGCUGUCGCUGUGGUCGGACUGGCAGCUUAUCGUACCUAUGCCGCUAGGAAGAAUGCUUGAAAGACGGUCUCAUCACAGUUAUUGUUUUUGUCUGCAUUUGCAACUCUAAUAAAUGGUCAGUGCAUGUAUCCUUGAUUGGAUUUUCAAGCUGAUACCUGUAAAUAAUUUUUGACAAUUAUUUUAGCGAGACAGGAGGUAAUAUUUUCUACUUUCACUUGUGUUGAAUCAAAUAAUUUCUUUUAAGCCAACAUUUGUAAACUA